CAGCUCGCGGUUAUCCCUCAGAAUAAGGCUCACCCGUGGUUUCGGUGGCAUCGUGCAGUGAGCGAAACCACACCGACCGUUUCCUGGAAAUGGACAGGAUCUAAGCUGGCUAUUGGAUGCGUUGGAGGACCGGCGAAUCAAGCCUUUUUUUUCUCCCCCUCUGGCCUAUUGCCGGCGGUCUAUAAUACCAUCGUGACGUGACGUGACCUCGACUGCUGGCUGCCCGGGUCCCGCCAAUCGCCAAGUCUUACAAUUUCAGCCACAUCCGGAUAAUGACUUCUUGCAGGACAGCACCAAGCACAGCAUGGGGAAGGAUCGGAGAGCAAAAAGAAAACAAGGCGGAAAAAAGAAAAAGGGACGAAAAAAGAAUAGAAAAGUGUGUGUGGGGUGGUCCCAUAUCAACAUGGGCCAAACAAGAAAAUAGAUGUUAAAGAUCCAGGUGGACCACCUGUAGAUGAGCUGUUGGUUGGUUCCUCCACCUUUCAACACCAAUCCUUCCGUUCACCUGGACUCCGCCCUCUAGCCACACUGAAAGAGCUCUAUUAAAUGGCUUCCUUCGCCCGUCAUCCCUCACAUCCUUAUAAUCGGCAUCAACACAAUCCGAACCCUUCUCGCCGACACGGUCAAGACAUGGAGAUGCAGCAACCCCGGAGCCAUGGGCGGAAUCAUGGGAAGAUUGAGAGGGACGUCACCUCGCCAAUACCGGACCCUGAGUUGACGAGGCCGGGGAGGCGGGGUUGCAAUCCUUUCCGCGCUUUCGUUAUCAUGUUGAGGAGCUCGAGUAGUCUGGGCGCUUGCACUAACGUUCGUUCAAAAAUUCCAUCCCGUCUUCCUCUGCGAUAACGCGAGUGGGGUAGGCUAAUGGUGUUUAGGUCCUCUUACCCUUUGUACCUGUUGGUUUGGUGCUUCACUGGUUGAAGCCUGAUUUGCAUUUAUGGAUAUUUUUAACCAAUUAUCUAGCUAUGGUUCCCAUGGCGAACUCGUAGGGCCCCGUCACGGGAGUAUUUGUAUUAAUACCGUACUAACCUUGGCUCAGACUAGCAUUCUCGAGCGCCCAAUUCUCUCGAAGGCUCCCGAGAGUGCUUGGCGUUAUAAUCCAACUUACUGUCGCUUCCGCUGUCGAGGUCAUUCUAUGCCUCGUUCUACUGUUCAAGGUAACAUAAUAUCAAUAUCUUCUUUGGCAAGUGUGUCUAACGAUGGUAGAACGAAUUCCAAGUCAUCCAAGCGGCUAUCAUAGGCAGCAUGUUGGCCAAUCUCCUCCUCUGUACGGGCCUCUGCUUCAUCGUCGGUGGGAUCCGCACAAAGGCACAAGAGUUCAGCGAAACCGUGGCAGAAACCGGUGGCGGGUUACUCCUAGUCAGCGUAGCAUCACUGAUGCUCCCAUGUGCCUUUUACGAGUCAAUAUCCGCAAUGAACCGCCUCACCGCGGACGAGCUCAAUCACAAGAUCCUCCACAUAUCUCGCUUCUCGGCAGUACUACUGCUGAUAGCCUACGCCACCUAUCUCUUCUUCCAGCUCGCCACACAUCACUCCGAGUUCGACCAGGCGCUCUACGAGAGCGCGCAGAGGAACAAAGACCGGGCGGACAAUGUCCGCCGGGAAAACCUAACGGUUGGCGAGGCGGCAUUCAUGACACUCAUUAGUUUGACGUUCGUCACGUUGCAUGCGGUGUUCCUGGUUGAAGAGAUUCAUUGGAUUGUCUCGCACAGGCAUGUGUCCGAUGCCUUUAUGGGGUUGAUUUUGGUACCGCUGGUGGAAAAGGCUGCUGAGCAUCUCAAGGGAAUUGAUGAAGCGUGGGAUGGUAGAUCGCCCCUACCUCCCCCCACCACCACUUCACUGACACUCUACCUUUCCAGACGCGAUGGAUUUUGCGCUCUCCCACCUCCUUGGUUCGACCAUUCAAACCGCCCUACUCGUCUCCCCGAUAAUAGUUCUGGCCGGUUGGAUAGCACACAGACCCUUCAACCUCAACUUUGAAGUCUUCAUGGUCAUCGUACUGGUUUUCUCAGUCCUCGUCGUGGGGAACUUUAUCAAGGAUCGGAAGAGCAACUACCUGGAGGGCGCGCUGUGCGUUAUAUUUUACAUCAUGAUUGCGUAUGUUUCCCCGCUCUCUGAUAAUAGAAUAUCAUAGUAACGGACUUUUAGCGUUACAACGUGGUAUUAUCCGAGCCCGGAGAGUAUGGAGGAGGGUCAUUAAAGCCCAAGCCCGAUUCAUUUCCCUUGCUGUCUGUCUUGGCUUAUCCCGGGAGUUGGUGUUUUCCCCUUGUUUUUCCCUUUCUUCUCCCUUUGCGAGGGUAUGGCAUAUCACUUGUAGUUUGUGAUUUCCCGAGCGAAUUUCUUGUGCAAAUACACGCAACUUUAGCCUUUCCCCUUUUUUUAGUUUAGAUCAGGUAACACAAUAUAGGAAUUGUUGACCCG